GGAUGGGCCUAUCAAUCUCCUGAAGCAAUAACUGGCCUAACAAAAAUUCUGGAGAGCGGAAAUCAUCCGACACAGACAAAGAGGAUAUACAGCAAUGGCUAUUGCAACAAUAGCAGCAGUGGCAACAAAACCAUCCUCAAUACCCCUGUUAAUAAGAAAGAAGCCGAAAUGGGUCUUCACUCCUUUGGCUUUCUGUUCUUCUUCUUCAUCAGCAAGUAGAAGAAAACUGAUUCUUUAUUCAAAGCCUGGAUGUUGUUUGUGUGAUGGCCUCAAAGAGAAGCUCCAGGCGGCAUUCUUGCUCUCUGGCCCUCAUUCCCUUCAUGAUGUUGAUUUACAGGUAAGGGAUAUUACCAGCAAUCCUGAAUGGGAGAGGGCUUACCAGUAUGAGAUACCCGUUUUGGCCAAAGUACUCUCUGAUGGCACCGAGUGACAUUGGCAAAUGGCAAAGUUGUGUUUUGCACACACGAAAAUAUUGAUGAUGAAAUAUGUUUUGUCCCCCCCACCCCCCCUUCAUUACAAUUUUCCUCUCCCGGUCUUUGUGUGAGAGUACUUUCAGGUGACAUAUCUUUUGUUCUUCUUUUUAAGCUUUUAUACUGGUCCUAUUUCUCACGCCCAUCAGUUCCACAUGCAUACACGUCUAUCCUGAUCCACGUGCUGUUUGUCAAAGGGAGAUUCAGAUUAAAACUUAUCAUUUGACUGUUUCUCGUCCACAUCUGGCUUUUAGCCCUGCUAAUGGGCAUAGUUCAAGAUUCUAGAGAUUGUUGUUUGCAUUUGGCAAGCUGGAUUCUGUUCAACCUAGUGAUUUGCUUAAAAUGGUGGGAUCCCGUUGGCACUCAAAACACACUUACCUUUGUCUUACAAUUUUAUAGAAUAUUAAUGUAGUGCCUAAUAAUGUUGGUAGCUUCUUGUGAGUAGUCUACUUCAUAUCAAUCAACCUGUCGGAUGCCCCAUUUAUUGCUGUCUUGAAUGGUUUUAGAAAUGGAUAUGCUCUUGCAUCUUAAGCCAAUCUCUCUUUCUUCCAGGAAACUUUACCCAGAAUAUCUCCUCGACUUGGAGUGGAGCUCGUUCACAAAAA